AAAGGGGAUAGCGCCGAUUGUGAACUCCUGUGUGGCAUCCCCCUAGGUUUGGACAUUUUUGCAGAGAAUCGGCUGCACAAAUCACUCUGAUUCCUUGAAACAUUUGUGUCUCUCGAAACCGUUCUUGUGGAUUCCCUCAAAACUUUCCUGACUUUCCCAACACAAUGGCAGACGUCGCCGCCGCCCCGGCUCCCAAUGCCACCUCGCAAGCUGCGAACUCAACGGAAGGAGACGCGGCUGCAGGCAGUGCGCGCCCUGAUAACUCGAUUCUGGUUUCCAUGGAUAAGAUCCCAGGCUUCUAUGCCCGCAUCGGCAAGAGAAUGCUUGUCGGCCGUGACGACAAGCCCGCUUGCGAUGAAGUCAUCAUCACAGGUCUGGGCAUGGCGACAAAGACCGCAAUUGGUGCCGCGUCGCUUCUUCAGCGGGACAAUUCGGCAACCAUCACAAAAGUCGAGACGUCUUAUUUCUCGUCCACCCGCACUGCACUCAAGAUGGUCCCCAAGAUUACCAUUGUCUGCACCAAGACGCCCGAGUUUGCGGAGCAAAUCAAGAAGGACAAGGAGGCAGCUUUGAUGGAGAAGUCGCCUACGGCCAACGCCGUCGCUGCCUGAGCUUUUCGCUGUUUUCCGCUGGGCGCGCGAACCGUUUUUCGAGCUGACACAAAGAGAACGACCACUGACUGACGAGUCUCCCUCCCACGAAAAGGCAAUCACACUGGGCAACAAGGCGGAAACCGCGCACACACAUGUGUAGAAAGGCCGAAAAUUCGCCGCGGAAUGGAUGUCUCUACGAUGAACUUGAAAAGGGGCUAGGACGCAUCGAUGUCGUGCCUUGUAUGUGCAUGUGUGUUUUCCCUGACAUGCACCGUUCCAACAAUAUCGGUGAUGAGGCGGUCAUGCAACUAAGCUACACGUGUCGCUGGCAACCAGAUGUCGAUGGUAAGGAAAGUGGAAGUCUUUUUGUACGGGAAGUCGCUGCAGUUUCCGUGUCGUUUUCAAGUACUUGUCGAUAUUUCGAGUUCGCCAGAACCGAGAGGGACUAGUCAGUGAAGCUCGCCAAAUCGACUCGAGCAUGCGAAAAAGUGCCGGUGUCACUGUGUUUCGUGGUCUCGGGGAUUGCCGCUGGCCCUAAUGCCUGCGUUCGUUCGCGUUCCUUGCACAUGUGAGUUACCGUUUUUCGUCUUUCUAGCUUGAACUGUUCGGCCAGAAAUUAUUUUGGCCACCCGCUUCUGUUCAUCUUCUAGUGGCACUCCGUUACUGGAACGCUCUGCCAAUAAUAUCCUGACCUGCGCUUCCAAAUGUGGCGUCCCCAGGACUGCCUCUAACAGAUCGUAGUUGCACAAGCGUUACACGCCUCCUGACACAUCUUUUGCUUAGAGCACCUUUGCAGUAGACACGAUAGCCCGUAUUCUGUAGGAGCUACAUGGUGGUACCCGC